AGCAGAGCCGGUAAUGGGCAUUUCUCAGAGGGGACAUAUACACUGAUCAUCAGGGCACUGAUGGUCAGUGCCCUGAUGAUCAGUGUAGUUCCAUCAGUGCCACCUGUCAGUGCACAUCAAUGCCUCAUAUCAGUGCCCAUCUGAGCUGCCAGUCAGUGCCACUUAUGAGUGCUGCCAAUCAGGGCCACCUAUCAGUGCCAGUCAGUGACACCUAUCAGUGCCCAUCAGUGCCACCUAACAGUUCCAGUCAGUGCCGCCUAUCAGUGCCAGUCAGUGCCACCUAUCAGUGCCACCUAUCAGUGCCAUCAGUGCCUCCUCAUUAGUGCCCAUCAGUGCCGCCUAUCAGUGCCCAUCAGUGCAGCCUCAUUAGCGCACAUCAGUGAAGGAGCAAAAUUACUCAUUUACAAAAUUGUUUAACAGAAACUAAGAAAAAAUUAUUUUUUUCAAAAUGUUCAGUUGUUUUUGGUUUGUUUAUCAAAAAAUAAAAAAAAAAACAGUGGUGAUUAA